AUGGGGUCCGUUGGAAUUGAAAUGACACCUCUUCCCAAGCCUUUCCCUGGAUCGGCCGUCGACUUUGGAGUCGAGCUAUCCGGAAUCGACGUUGGAAAUCUCACUGAUGACACAUUUGCCAUUAUUCGCUCCGCUCUGUACCAACACAAUGUAGUCUUGAUCAAGAACCAGCACUCACUGUCUUCGCGUGUUCAGUGCGAAUUGACCUCUCGAUUUGACCCAGACGCCAACGUUUACAGCCAUGGAAAGAGCAUCGACAAGCGGAGUGUCCUGCACAAAGACUUGACGACCAUCCCGUCUGAGCCCAAGGUCCAGGUGAUCGGACACGGCUCUGUCAAGUCAUUUGAAGGGCUGGAGGAUCUCAAGCUCACGCAUCCGCAUCACAAGAACUUUCACAGGCAUCCGAUCCCGGCCGAGGACGAUCUCCAGUACACACACUUUUACCGCUGGCAUAUCGACUCGGCCAUGUAUGAUCUUGACCCUCCUCUGGUCACUUCGCUGUUCGCAGCUAGCGUUCCCAAGGGAAGGCGCCAGAUCUGUCGCUAUGAUGACGGCAGUGGAGAAGAGAUGGAGCUUCCACUGGGCACAACGGCAUUUGUCAGCGGCUACAGGAUGUACGACUUGUUGUCCGAAGCAGACAAGGAGUUUGUCCGAACCAGCACAAUCGAAUACGGGGCGCAUCCAUACAUUUGGAUGAGCAGGGCUAAAUCCAGAUCCAACGGACUCGGACUGCUGUCAGAAGGUCUAGAGCUUCCCGAUGACGAGCUCCCAGCCAUCGAGUGGUCGAAGAUCAGGCGGUAUCCCAUGGUCUGGAAGAAUCCAGAGACUGGAAAACUUGCUAUGAUGGUGUACCCAACACCAGUCCGCAAGAUUCAUCUGCAGGAUGGAACUGUGAUGGAUGAGCUGGAACAGGUCAGAGAGACCAUCUACCGUCUUCAGCGACCAGCCAUCAGCCCCCAGUUUGUGCAGACAGUAGACUGGCAGGAGGGCGACUUGGUGCUGUUCAACAACCACGGGCUUCUGCAUUCUAUCACUGGCGCGUUUGCAGAGAACGAGGUCCGUCUCUUCCGGCAGUGCAACAUGGCAGCAAGCAGGCCUCCUCUGGGCCCAUAG